AUGGGAAAAGGCCAAUUAGUUUGGUCCGUGACGGCUUUCGCUUUCCUAUUCUUGUCUCUGGCAUCACAAGUCCAUUGUAGGAGCCAUGUCAAUGGGAUUCGUCGCUUAAGCGCUGUAAACCAAACAGAGCUGAAGGAGAAAGAUCUAAUCGAAAGCUUCCCCGGACAACCUCCCGUUAGUUUCAAGCAAUACGGUGGUUAUGUGCCCGUAAACGAAGCAGCCGGACGGUUUUUUUACUAUUAUUUUGUAGAAGCCAACAAAUCCAGCGACACUGCUCCUCUCGUGCUCUGGCUCAACGGAGGACCGGGAUGCUCAUCUCUAGGAGGAGGGGGGCUGCAGGAGCAAGGACCCUUCCGAGUACACAGCGACGGCAAAAGUCUUUUUCUCAAUCCUUAUGCAUUUAAUAACGAGGCGAACAUGUUGUACUUAGAAUCUCCAGCAGGAGUAGGAUUCUCGUACGCGAAUACUCCAGAGAAUAUUUUUGACUCAAACGACAAAAAGACAGCAGAGGAUAACUACAUGUUCUUGUUGAACUGGCUCGAAAGGUUUCCAGAGUAUAAAACAAAAGAGUUUUACAUCGCGGGUCAGAGUUACGCCGGCCACUAUGGUCCCCAACUUGCUCAGAUCAUCCUUCAGCGUAACAAGCAAACCUUCAUCAACCUACGAGGCCUUUUGCUUGGUAAUCCAUCUCUUGACCGCAAGGUUGAGACAGAUAGUGAGAACCCAUACAUGGUGUCUCAUGCUAUUAUUCCACAAAAAUUCAUAGACGACACCCUUACUUGCGGAGAAGGACCUCAAUGUUCCGAUGCGUUGUGGAAUUUAGAUGUUCAAAAGGACCAUGUGGACUUGUACAACAUACUCGCUCCAAAAUGCAGUAACGAGACGUUGACUAGUGAACCCAACAAAGACGCCACUGUAAUGGUGUAUGAACCAUGCAGUGAAAGCUACGUGAGGGCUUAUCUUAACAAUGAAACGGUUCAGAAAGCGUUACAUGUCAAUCCCACGACACUAACAGACGGGUGGCAGUUUUGCAACCAUACCAUAUCAGACCAGUGGAACGAAAAGGAUAGGUACCGCACAUUGGUUCCUGUCCUCCACGAGAUAAUGGGUCAGGGCAUUCGAAUCGUGGUGUACAGUGGAGACUUGGACUUGGCGGUACCGGUGACCGGUACGAUUCAAGUGAUCAAGAAUAUGAAUCUAACGGUUGAGAAGGUAUGGCAUCGGUGGUUUUCUGGAGGAGACUUGGGAGGGUUCACAGAACAAUAUAAAGGAAAUUUUACGUUUGCAACUGUGAGAGGAGCAGGCCAUCAUGCUGCUAUCGACCAGCCUCUACGUGCUCUUACUAUUUUUAGUAGCUUUAUUCGUAACACUCCUCUCCCUAUUGGCAAUUUCAAAGAUGUGUCAAUUAUAAAACUCAACUAGAAUUUCACCCGCACCACGCGGAUGUUUGAUUUAACUUAUAUUCAACGUAAAC